AUGUUGGAAGUGACCACACAUCUGACAAGGGCCGGUUAUAUCACAGAACAAAUGCAACCUGAGAGUUUGGUUAUUCAAAUUGCACCACAAACUUUAUCAUUCAAAAAAUUUUAUGUUACUAUUAAUCUUUUCCCAUUUUUAUUUUCUGCAUUUCAUGACACUCAAAGAAGGAAUGAAUAUCAAAAUAAAUGUAGAAUUCAAAUUCGUGAAACGUAUUCCAUUGAUGUUUGGCCUAUUAGUAAUGUUGCAGAUGUCAAAGAACAUCGUACUUUAGAAGGACGAUUAACAAUUGCGCGUGAAAUUGUUAGAGCUACCGAUUUGAAGAUUCUUGUGUUAUGGCAGACACAAGGGAUAAUAUUUUUUGAAGUUAUAUUCGCCUUGACCAUUCCGAUUUUUAUCAUAGCGUGA